AUGAAGACCCACAGACAUGGGAACCUCUCGGGGGUGCACUGGCAGGAGUUUGUGCUGGAGGGCUUCCAGGGUGGUGUGGAGACCCAGGCCCUGCUCUUUGCUGUCUUCCUGGUCCUAUACACUGUGACCAUCCUGGGCAACCUCACCAUGAUCACAGUCAUCACCCUGGAUGCCCGGCUGCACUCCCCCAUGUACUUCUUCCUCAAGAACCUGUCCUUCCUGGACGUCUGCUACUCAUCUGUCAUUGCUCCCAAUGCCUUGGUCAACUUCUUCUCCUCCACCAAAGUCAUCAGUUUUGGAGGCUGUGCUACCCAGUUCUUCUUCUUCUCUUUACUGGUCACCACUGAGGGCUUCCUACUAGCAGUAAUGGCCUACGACCGCUUCCUGGCCAUCUGCAGCCCCCUACAGUAUCCUGUGACCAUGCACCUGAGCAAAUGUACCUGCCUAGUGCUUGGCACCUAUUGCGGAGGCUGCCUGAACUCUGUUGUGCAGACCAGCCUCACAUUCCAGCUCCCCUUCUGCCGCUCCAACCGCAUCAACCACUUCUUCUGUGACGUUCCCCCACUGCUGCAGCUUGCCUGUGCCAACACAGCUCUCAAUGAGCUGGUCAUGUUUGGCAUCUGUGGGCUCAUUAUUGUGGGCACCACUCUUGUGGUCCUCAUCUCCUAUGGCUACAUUACAGUGACCAUACUCAAGAUGCACUUGAACUCGGGGAGACAAAAGGUCUUCUCCACCUGUGGCUCCCACAUGACAGCUGUGUCCUUGUUUUAUGGGACAGUGUUUGUCAUGUAUGCACAGCCAGGGGCCAUGGAGUCCAUGGAGAAGGGCAAGGUAGUCUCCAUCUUCUACACUCUGGUCAUCCCAAUGCUCAACCCCCUCAUCUACAGUCUGCGGAACAAGGAUGUGAAAGAUGCCCUGCGGAGGUUGUGGCAGAGACGGGAGGCCCUGUGA